AUUUUAGAUAAGUCUCGUUCCUGUAAUCAAGAUACAUGUUUCAUUUUAUUAACGAAAAAGGGUUUCAGACUGAGGGAAAUUACCACAAGCAGGCAACUACUACUAACGAAUUCGGCAGUUGCAGUUCCGCCACAUCUUGUGAGAAAACUUUGUUACGAAGUACGAGAUAGCGAAGAGAUUGUUUGGAAUCCUCAGGCAUGGAUGGUUUCCCAAGUGCCACAGUGGAUGGUUCAUCGUCCUCCUCCAGAGACAUUCCCAUCGAGCACCAGGAUUAUGGCUACAUCGGUGACUGCAAGAACGUAAAGGAGCUGGAAAAUAUCCUUAAAGCCCUCAGGUCUGGCAAGGAUGGACAUUACCCAGAUUUGAUAGAGUUCUGCGAGGGCAGGAUCGCAACUCUGGACCCCAAGAGCAAGGCACUGCGGAAGGACAAGCCUCCUGCCUCUGCAGCUGAUGUGGACAAGAACGAGUGGCAGCAAAUCAAUUCAGAUAUCAAGGACUGGGCAGCUGAGAUGGGCAAGGAGAGCACGUCCAGCCCUGGGUUGAGCAAUGAUGACAAGACUCUUCCCCCAAUCCGUCAACCAGUCACUCUUGACACCAGCGGAAAGAAGAACAAGGGCAAGGAGCAAGAUUGGGGAAAACCUUCCAAGGACAGGAUCAAAUCUUCUGAUUAUCGAGCUUGGGACAAAUUUGACGCCGAAAAGGCUGCCGAUGAAAUUGAUUUGAAGAAAAAAGGAGGGAAGGACAGCAACCAACGGAAGCCAUCCCCUGCGAAACUGCCAAGCACCAUAAAUACAGACGGCAUGUCUGAUAAAGAGCGUGAGCUAGUGGCUAACAAAGAGAAGGACAAAGGCAAUGAGGCGUUUAAGGCAGGAGAUUUUGAGGAGGCCAUCCAGUAUUACACUCGAAGCAUCUCGGUCAUACCGUCGGCUCCGGCGUACAACAAUCGCUCUCUCGCAAGGAUCAAGUUGGGCCAGUUCAUUGAUGCCGUGGAGGAUUGCACUAAAGUCUUGGAGUUGGAGCCUGAGAACAUCAAAGCCUUACUCCGACGAGGCACUGCUCGCAAGUCUUUGAGACAGCUCACCGAUGCCAAGAAAGAUCUUGAAGCUGUCUUGAAUGCUGAGCCAAACAAUAAACAGGCAUUGGAUCUUGUGGCAGACAUUGUAGCCAAAGAAAACAAAGAGAAGAGUUCCCCUAAACCGUACAAGGAACGUGAAAUCGAAACCACGCAACCCAAGCCCAGUGGGCGACGAAUGGUCAUUCAAGAGGUUGAAGGUGACAGCGAUAGUGAAGAAGAAGAGGACGCUGGGAAAGGUCAGGGGUCACUUGUCAACGGUACAGGAUCACAAAAUUCUGACGAGGGCGGAGCAGACGGAGGGCAUGGCAAUGGCGAAGCUGACGGGAGUUCCUCGCCGACCGUUGCCACUGUAACUCAAGACCAAGAGAGCAGCCAGGCCCCAGUUACCUCUCUUCCGUCCAGCAAUGGCAACCCCAAGGCAGAGCAAAGCAAUGAUGGCCAAGCUGUCGUGGCGACGCUGCCUGAGCCCACGCCCAUCCCUUCCCGACCCCUGCCCGAUGAUGUCAUCGCACUGAAGGAUUCUGGGAAUGAGCUGUUCAAGGCAGGACAGUAUGGUGAAGCCAUGCAGAAGUAUUCCUUAGCCAUCACCAAAAUUCUCCCAGAUAAGGAAUCCUUCCCGAAUGCUCUGGCGUCGCUGUACAACAACCGCGCUGCCUGUAAGUCCAAGACGGGCCACCUGAAGGAAACGAUAUCGGAUUGUGACUCGGCGCUAGAGAUCCAGCCUUACAGCGUCAAAGCCAUGCUUCGCAGAGGGGCAGCUUACGAGGCACUGGAGAAGUAUCGUCACGCCUAUGUUGACUAUCAAUCCGCUAUGAAAUUGGACACUACCAACCAGUCAGCGCAGACAGGAGCCACAAGAAUGAUGAAAAUCCUGUCGGAUCAAGAUGGUCCCAAGUGGCGGGAGAAGCUUCCUUCCACCCCCACUGUGCUGGGUUUGUCCCUCCCACCCCCUUCCCUGACCACCAUGGCUCCUAGCAACACCAGCAUUCCCAACGUCACCUCCACCACCAAUGCAACCAGCCAGCCGGCCAUGGCCACCGGCCCUGGCCAGCCCCAGUCCGGACUCAAGAGUCAAGAUGUCAAAGGCGAAAAAGCCAAGGCGAAACCGGGCGUCGGAGACCAACCCGCCAAGGCCCAGGGUUCCAAAGGGAAUGUGAGCAGAGGGCCUGAUGGGCCGUCCGAAAAGGUCGAAGUUGGAUCAGGGGUCAAGGACAAGAGUGACCCGAUGUCAGUCACUGACCCUAAGCUGAGCAAGGAGGAUAACUUCUUGAAGCUGAAAACCGAGGGGAAUGCCCUAGUUCAACAGGGGAACUAUGCCAAAGCAGCAGAUUUUUAUACAGCCUGUAUUGCCUUGGACCCCAACCAGAUCGUCAGCUACACCAACCGUGCACUGUGCUUCAUCAAGCUACUCAAGGGAAAUGAAGCAGAGGCCGACUGCACCAGAGCAUUGGAGCUGGACGAGAGUAACAUAAAAGCUUUGUACAGGAGAGCUUUGGCCAGAAAGAUGCUGAACAAGUACAGUGACGGAGCGCGCGACCUGACAAGCUUGCUCAAGAUCGAGCCGAAUAAUGCCUCAGCUAAGAAGGAACUGGAGCUAGUGAAAGAGCUGUGGCGACAGGAACUGAAAAAUAACCAGCAGAAGGCUGCUGCAAAGCCAAAGCAAGCUACCAAGCCCCCUCCGGGUCAAGCCAAGUCAGAGGUCAAACCCUCUGAGGUCAAUUCCACCGAUGUCAAACCUACUGAGACCAAAGCAGCUGAGACCAAGCCAACAAAGGUCAAACCUGAGGUCAAUGCAGCCGAGGUCAAGCCCGCCGGGGACAAACCCACCGAGGUCAAGCCUGCAGAGGUCAAAACAGGAAAAGGCAAAUCCUCCGAGGUUAAACAGAAGGAGGCCAAGCCAGCCGAGGUCAAGCAGGAGGUCAAACCUACUGAGACCAAAGCAGCUGAGACCAAGCCACCAAAGGUCAAACCUGAGGUCAGUGCAGCUGAGGUCAAGCCCAACAGUGACAAACCCACUGAGGUCAAGCCAGCAGAGGUCAAAGGAGGAAAGGGCAAAUCCUCGGAGGUUAAACAGGAGGUUAAGCCAGCCGAGGUCAAGCAGGAUGUCAAACCCGCUGAGGUCAAACCCACAGGGGUCAAACCUGCAGAGGUCAAACAAGCCGAGGUCAAAUCGGGAGAGGUCAAACCGGCCCAGACCAAAUCAGAGAAGAAGAAGAAGAGGGGGAAACGCAUGCAGAUCCAGGAGGUUGAAGGCAGCAGUGAGGAUGAGAAAGAUUGCAGAAAGUCCAGCCCCAAAACCAACGAGAAGCCAGGCGCAAAAGACAAGAAGGGCAGCAAGACACCAAAAGAGACAGGGAACCAGAAGGGUGAAAAGACCCCAGAGGGUGAGGACAACAAGAUAUCCGUGCCCAAGCUGUCCAAGCCGACAGCCUACGAAUUUCUGCAGGCGUGGACUUCUCUGAAGCGGCACCGAAGCAUGUUUGCCUACGCCGAGCUGCUAAAGCAGAUUUCCCCCGAUGAAUUACCAAAUGUGUUGACCAACAAACUGGAUGGCGACAUGCUGGUCAGUAUUGUGAAGGCUGUCUGUGAACAUCUUGUGGAGUCAGAUGGGGAUCUGAGUUACGGCUUGCUGGCUAACCUGCCCAAGGUGGAGAGGUUCAAGGCAGUGGUUCUCUUCCUGUCCACUGGUGACAAGAAACGCUUACGGAGCACGUUGAAGAAGCUCGGUUCCAGGAAGACUGAGGCUUACAAAGAGAUGGACCUCCAAAACUUGAAACAACUCUACUCCCUGUAAAGGCGGCAUGCGUGCAGUAAAUAAUCAGGAUAUGACAUCAUCUAUAGCAGUCCAAAAUACAAAGCUAACGCUUUCUAAAAUGUCUAUCCCCUCUGUCGCUUUGAGUCUUGUUCGUUCUUCUUGAAAACCAACAAAACUAAACCGUGACCAAUUGUGCUUCACCUUUACCCCUAGGUUGGUUGUAUGAAAAACUAUUUUAAAGUUGGAGAAUUGGGGACUGUGAAGAAUAUACGUGACUGCGUCUUCGCGAGUAGUGGUGUGCGUUUGUGAGUAGCACAAGAACUAGUGAAACAAAUAUUGGUACCCAGGUACCCAACGCCUGAAGAAAAAAAAAGAAAGAGAAAAGGAAAUAUGAAAAUUCAUUCAAAUUGCCAAUUCUGUCUUAGCCAAUAUGCUCUUCAAUACCCUCCUCAUGUUAACCUCAAGUAAGUUUUGCUUUCCACGUAGCCUGAUUUCUAGUUGAAAAUGUUUGCACAUAAACCGUCCUUUUUCCUUUGAAAAGUUACUAAGUAAUUUAAAUGGGUGGUCAGGGGUAUCAGGUUCCGUAUUUUGGAACUAGUUCCCAACAUCAGUAGGGUAUUUGGGUCCUAUUGACAGCCCUGUUAGGGAGAUGGGAUAACUUUCUCGGGUUCUCUGUUUUGUGUGUCUAAGGUCAUACUCUUGUAUUCAACAUGAUGCUUAUGCACAAAUGCGUUAAUUGAAAAGAAGAAAUUCUUGUGAAACACAGGAAUGCUGAAAUAUUUAACCAUUCAUGGCCCACAGAAAUAAUUUGUUAACCAAGUCAUCGAAAUCUGCCUGAAUCAAAUUUUGUUUGUUUGAUUUUUGUUGAAAAAGGACUGGAAUAUAAAUCCAAUGUUAUUGGUUUUACUUCAGAGAAGUGUCACUGUGGACGCAGUGAAUGUGUAGAAUUAUGCCCACACAUGGGCGUCAAAGUAACUUGAAAAAUGUGUGGUUUUUGAAAGUGAUUUUUAUUCAGAAAAAGGGCCACUUUUUGUUUGGGCUUUGUUACUCCUUAAAGUGAUGUAACCUCUCAUAUUCCUUGAAUGAGAUUGGAAUCAAUUAAAGAAUGUGAAAUCAAUAAAAUGCCAAGAUGGCAAGAUAUGUUCUCAAUUAACUUCCGUUGUAUGAAGCUGUUACAUCUCAACAGUGUACGUAAUCUGAAAGUACAUGUACAUGUACCCCUGUAUAUUGUUUUUAAUUAGAAAUGCAGCAAUUUUACACAAAAGUACCUACAUUCAUGAAUAAAGUCUGGAAGAGUCA